UGAAAUUGUGACUGGCUGAUAAUCCCAGGACAAAAUUAGAGAUCACUACUCAAGCAUAAGCCUCCACGAAGAUGUUUGAUUUAAAGGCUUGGGCUGAGUAUGUUGUGGAAUGGGCUGCAAAGGACCCAUAUGGCUUCCUUACAACAGUUAUUUUGGCUCUGACUCCAUUGUUUCUAGCAAGUGCUGUGCUGUCUUGGAAAUUGGCCAAGAUGAUUGAGGCCAGGGAAAAGGAGCAAAAGAAGAAACAAAAACGUCAAGAAAAUAUUGCAAAAGCUAAACGACUAAAAAAGAAUUGAAGGAAUGAACAGUCUGUGUGUCCAGAGGAAAAUUGUUCAGAAAAUUAUGCAUCUUUGAAAGGACCCAUUAAGGUUUCUUUUUGGAUCUUAUGACAGUAUUACUAAACGAAGUCUGAGUCUAUGGAAGAAUCAUGUCAGUUCUCACCUGUACUGUAGCAGCUUUUCGGCUUCGGUAUAGAAGUCUGUUGACAGUUACUGUAAAUUGGCAUUUAUUAUGCUACAGAUUCUUUUAACUGACUUUCAUUUGCCUUUUUGCAGCUUAGGUAUGAAUACUAAAAUGAAAACAUCCUGUGAAGAAAAGUGACUUUAGAUUAUUAACUCUAUUCAAAUAAUGGCUUAAAAUGUGGUCCUGUUCUGGACAGAGGAGAUUAAGAAUGUAAAAAUCAAGAGUUGUUCUGAGCAGAAAAGCGUGGUUUGGCUUAAAAGAUAC